AGAAGAUCGAGCAGACCGUGAAGAUCGACGCGUCCACCGUGGAGAUAGAGGAGCGCGGCGUGAAGCUGAGGCUUACCGUGGUCGACACGCCGGGCUUCGGAGACUCGCUCAACUCUGUAGACUGACCAGAUAGAUGAGCAGGGCAUCAGGAUCUACCCUCUCCCUGACUGUGACUCAGACGAAGACGAGGACUACAAAGAACAAUGCCGCCAGCUCAAGGGGGCGGUGCCUUUUGCUGUGGUGGGAGCCAACACAAUCAUCGAGGUCAAAGGUCGCAAGGUCAGAGGUCGCAUGUACCCAUGGGGCGUGGUGGAAGUGGAGAACCCUGAGCACUGUGACUUCAUCAAGCUGAGGACCAUGUUGAUCACCCACAUGCAGGAUCUCCAGGAAGUGACUCAGGAGACACACUACGAGAACUUCCGUGCAGAAAAACUGGCCAGUGGAGGAGCCGGCAAGCCACGAUCAGGGAAACCUGCCGUGCCCCCACCCAGGAUGGAGAAUGGAGGCGGAGACAUGUCGGAUAAGGAGAGAGAGCUCAGGCAGAAAGAGGAAGAGUUGCGGCGCAUGCAGGAGCGCCUGGCCCGUAUGCAGGCGGAGAUUGAGUCCAAGAAGCCGCAGCACAUUCAGAACGGAGAGCUCAAGUCUCAGGACGUCUAGCACUCCCGACUGACCACUGAGUGGACACUCUACUUGUGGACCAGAAUGAAUGAGGCCAGGAGAGAUGAAUCAAGCGACAAGGGAAUUUUAUGACAGUUUUUUCUUUUAUACUGAAAGGCUCAUGGUUGUACCAGCGUGACAAACAAAUAUCUGCAGUGUGUGUCUGUAUCUGUGUAGUGUGUUUUUGUCUGUAAGUAUGCAGCACAUUGUGUCCAUGUAGGGUGUUUAAAAUAAAGAGGAAAAUAAACGCUGUUUGAAUGAAGAGUGAGAACGAAAGGAUAAUUUUUUCCUUUGUUUGGUUGUUUGUUUGUUUGAUCCUGGCAUUUUUACAUUUGGUUAUGAUAAUGGGCAGUGGAUGAUAAUAAAGAGCAUAGAUUUAAUACUAUAGUUCUGUUGCUGGAGUAUGAAAGAGGCUGAUUUCUACGAUUGUUUGAGAAUCUGUGUUGGUGGCAACUCUUGGACCCUAUGUAAUUGCUUGCUGUUGAAUGGUCCUUUGUGGGAGUCUAUCUGAAUUUGUGCAUGCUUAAUGCGGGGGAACACUGUUAGCUCAGUUGAUAUCAUACUGGACUACAGGUCAGAUGACCCUGUUGUGAACCUUCAACGGGACGUUCCGAAUUUGGUUUUUGUUGGGUUGUUUUUAAGGCUCUCCACCCAAUUAGCUCAAUCCUAUUAGAGAUAGACGCUGAAUUCCGAGAUCAGAGGGCUUAAUAGCCAAACAGUGUUGAUGAAAGAAGCAUUAAACCUAUAACCCUACAGUUUUUUGCUGAAUGUGUAGAAAAGCCAAGAACAAAGAAAGCUGUUGAGUACACCAUGAUGCUCUUGAUAGUCAUGCUGGUUGCCGAGAGUUUUUAGAGAGUUUUAUUGACCAAGGGAAGAAAGAUUGUUGUUGUUGUUGUUUAUAAAGCAGUUGAGGUAUGAGUGGCAGGCUGUGGAAGAUUUGUAUAAAGGUAGUCUAAUUACUAGAUUCAGCUGAAGCCUCCUGAUGGAUUGUCCGACUGAUGACUGAGUGAAAGCGUCGGUUAAGUUCAAGAUUUGACCACGCACCUCUAUGUAAUGAGGUUCCUGGUUUUAAUUGUAAAGUACUAUAAUUUCAAGUGGAAGACUUUACAACACGCUUUUUUGGUCUGAUGUGGUUGGUGUGAUGAGUUGAUGAGAUUACUACUGCUCCCCCACAUGCCUCUGUUUACCGAGACGAGGUGAGUUAUUUAUGGAUGUUGACGUGUAACUGCGAAUGGAUGUUUGGGGAUUUUCGGUUAACUUAGAUUCCAUUAUGUCUAACAGUGUGUUUACACAUCUUGGUUUACUGCUGGGGGGUAAGGGGGAGGGGUGUGAAGGACAUGAAUAUUAUGCUGAUUAAUGAGUUUGUGACUGUGUGCCCAUUCGUUUAUACUAAUGUUUAUAUAAAUAAUAUGUGUAUGUGUGGUUGUGUGUGCCAAUAUUCUCCAUGUUUGUGUUGAGAUGGAGAAGUAUAAACUGAUGAGUUUUUAAGUCAGAACUUUAGGGGAGACUAAUUUCAUCCGUGGUAUGAAGGGAGAUUGAUGAGUUUGCAGUCAUGUACAGGUUUUGAGUGGAAGAAUAUUGUCAUUUAAUUACACAGGCGUUGAUUUUUUUUCUGCGUUUGUGUGGUUCUCCCUCGAGGAUUUUUUCAAAUUAGUGAUUUAUUAUGUCUGUUUUGGUCUUUUUCUAUGUCUUCAUUGUUCCCCCGUUUCCCCCCUUUCCAGAUUUUGUAAGUUAUUUUCUUUUUGUGACCAAUCUCGUCACUUGUAUUGAAAUGAAAGGAUUGCAUAGGACAGUGGAACACUUAGGUGUGUGAAGAAGGCAACUUUUUGUUUGCCUCUGUCGCGUUAAGUCUUUCUUAACAAAUUUUUUAGUGUAUAAAAUGUUUGGGCAGUGUCGUGCAUCUUCAUUGAAAUAAAAAAAAUCACAAGGCAGGUUGAAUUUUGCAGAACAGUUUACUGCUUCGUCUGCUGGACAAAAUUUUGUUUGUAAAUACAAGAUAUAAACGACAUUUAGAGAGUAUAUUAUAUCUGACCUCUUUAGUCUUGUUGAAUCCAAGUCAGAGGUGAAAGUUCGUUAUGCACACCAGUCUUUGUUGACUUGUCUUCCAGUUCAAGCAGUAUAGUCCCGGACUAGCUCCACAGUGUGAGGAAAAAACAGUUUUAUGUGCGCUUAUCAUAUUGAGCCAGCCCUAGGUCUAUUUAUAGCUAUUAUUUUUAUUCGACCAAAUUCAUCCUGCUUUUUUUUAAAGCUCUUUAUUAAGGGAAACAAACCUGCUACAUCGUUGUUGAAUUCGCAGUGAACAAAUUUUUUCCACGCCAACACAUUUUUGGCAAAACCAUGUGCUCAUUUCUGCUUUGUAAUCGCAGACAUAUAUUUGAGUUCCCCCAUCAUAUUUUGCAGAGUUUGCUCAAAUGAGGAGUUAACGCGACAUUAAAAGCAACAUUUUGCUCAACCAAGAAAUAUUUUAUCCCAAUUCAAAACCCUUCUUCGUUUAUUAAGUCUGUAAUUAUUUGCUUGUCAUACGGAAGAAUAAAAGCUGUAUUUUGUGAUGGAAACGAAGAACAGCAAAAAAUUACUGCUCCUGUUGCAGAUUUUUUCUUAGUGUUUGUGCUGACAACACACGUAACUGAGUACAAAACAAUUUCAAACACUGCCUUGCUAUAAAUAAGCGAUAGUUUUGUCAAUGUGAAAUAUAAUGAGUUUUUGGAACAAAGUCUUCCUGUUGCUAUAGUAACUGUGGGGUCGAUUUCAGAAUUAAAAAGUUGGAGUUAGAAAAUGAAAGAGACGUGUAUUCAAUUUUCUUUUUUUAUUUAAUUUUUGGGACCGAUGCCAAAAUAUAUCCACCGUUAUAUACAUCCAUCGAGAGUGUUCACCAUAGUUUGUUUUUUAAAAUUCAUGUGCCUGCUUCAAUCAAAUUCUGUUUUUGUGAUUUUUUUAUGCUGUCAUGCCUGUUAUUUUUUUUUCUUUUCUGAAAAUUUGUUGUAAAAAAAAUUUGGAUGACAUUUUUUCACUGUCUGUUGUUUCUUUGCUCAGUUCAUUUCUUUUUUCGUAAUUUUUACAGCCAUUUUGAAAAUAUUUUAUAUGUUACAACGUAAUUUGUCUGCUCAUUGCGUUCAGUAUUCAAUGUUAAAAGAAAUAAAUCUCCUUGCACACAUAAUGAAA